GAGUCUAGCAGGCGGGCGACCAGGCGUAGCUGAGUUCUGUGGCCUGGGGAAAGGGGACGCCCUAUCCCCACAGCCCUGUUUCGCAGGGCUUCAAGACGCUGAGAACGGCCGGGAACCCCUGGAGUCUUGGAGGCACCCGCCAAUUCCAGGGGCCCACCCCAACCCCGCUCUCAGUCUGGGCCAGCGGCGGCGGGACAGGCGCCCGGUCCCCACACACCGGCUGAGACGCCCAGCCCACUGCGGCUGAAGCUCCGGCCGCUGUCGCUGCCGGUGCUGCAAACCGGUCUGGCUUCGCUGCGGGGCUUGCGGGGAUGGGGCAAGUGGGUGGAGAGAAAAGGGGAAGAGCCUGGGCGGCCGGCAGGCGGGGCCUGCAGCCUCCCCAGCAGCGGCAGCCGCCGCGCAACCGGCUCUCUCUGCGCCUCGCUCGGACUCCGGCGCGCACCAAGCGGGAACCCGCGCCCGAGCCCGGGGGGCGCCGCUGCUGCUCCUCUCGGUCCCCGGUUCCCGGUCCCCGAACGCGCCGCGGCGAGGCUGCGCCCGGCAGUGGAGCCGCUCGGAGCUGCUGGGCUUUGGCGGCCGCUCGCUGCUCCGUCUGGCCGGAGGACCGGCGGGGAAGGAAGGGGAAAGCGGGGACACACACACUCGCCGCGGCGCGCGCGCACUGCACACUCGUAGCCGCGCGCCCCCGCCAAGGCGCGUCCGGAGCGAGUUUGGCCCCGCGGCUACAGCCCCGGCACCUGCCCGCCCCCAGCGUUGCCCCCGGCCCCGGCCCCGCCCGCCGCCCCCUCUGCCUUCCCGCCCCUCCCGCCCCUCGCCUGCACUGCUCUCCCUUCGCUGUGGGGAAGCGACAACGUCCCGAUAACUUGCAGACUGUGGCGCAACUGGUCUUGGUAGCGGAGGCACCCGAAUGCUGCCCGGGUGAGAUUUUAGAAAUCUUGAGCCGUGUCUUCAGUAUGCUGUCUGUGAAAUAAGGCUAUCAUUGCGUGGCAGCCAAGAUUUUCACCAGAUUGUGAUUCCCUUAUGACCAUUUGCCUUCCUGGGUAGGAAGUGAUAAAUGGCCUGAUAACAAACCUGGCAAAGAAAACGGUCUCAACAAUGAGUAGGCCACCCAUCACUACUAACUACAGAUGACUUGCCAUUUCAUUUACAAAGAUGUCGUCUGCUGCUGAAAAUGGAGAGGCAGCACCUGGAAAACAAAAUGAAGAAAAAACCUAUAAAAAGACUGCAUCAUCUGCUAUUAAAGGUGCUAUUCAGCUGGGAAUAGGAUACACAGUGGGUAAUCUCACUUCCAAGCCAGAACGAGAUGUUCUUAUGCAAGACUUUUAUGUGGUGGAAAGUGUGUUCCUACCCAGCGAAGGGAGCAAUCUGACCCCAGCACAUCACUACCCAGACUUUAGAUUUAAGACAUACGCUCCAUUAGCAUUCCGAUAUUUCAGAGAACUUUUUGGUAUCAAGCCUGAUGAUUACUUGUAUUCCAUCUGCAGUGAACCUCUAAUAGAACUGUCUAACCCUGGAGCCAGUGGAUCCUUGUUUUUUGUGACCAGUGAUGAUGAAUUUAUCAUCAAAACAGUUCAGCACAAAGAAGCUGAGUUUCUUCAGAAGCUACUGCCAGGCUAUUACAUGAAUUUAAACCAGAAUCCAAGGACUCUUUUGCCAAAAUUUUACGGACUGUAUUGUAUGCAAUCAGGAGGCAUUAAUAUCAGGAUUGUGGUGAUGAACAACGUUUUGCCACGCUCCAUGAGAAUGCACUUUACAUAUGACUUGAAAGGCUCAACGUAUAAGCGAAGAGCAUCCCGUAAAGAGAGAGAGAAAUCCAACCCCACAUUUAAGGACUUAGAUUUCCUGCAAGACAUGCACGAAGGGUUAUAUUUUGAUACAGAAACAUACAACGCGCUUAUGAAAACACUUCAGAGAGACUGCCGGGUGCUAGAAAGCUUCAAGAUCAUGGAUUAUAGCCUUCUGUUGGGAAUUCAUUUCCUGGACCAUUCCCUCAAAGAGAAAGAGGAGGAGACCUCACAAAAUGUGCCUGAUGCUAAGCGGACUGGGAUGCAGAAGGUUCUCUACUCAACAGCCAUGGAAUCUAUCCAGGGUCCAGGGAAAUCUGGAGAUGGGAUAAUCACAGAGAACCCAGACACAAUGGGAGGCAUUCCAGCUAAAAGCCAUAGGGGAGAAAAACUACUUUUAUUUAUGGGCAUUAUUGACAUUCUGCAAUCAUAUAGGUUAAUGAAGAAGUUAGAACAUUCCUGGAAAGCUCUUGUUUAUGAUGGGGACACUGUUUCUGUUCAUAGACCAAGCUUUUAUGCAGACAGAUUUCUUAAGUUCAUGAAUUCCAGAGUUUUCAAGAAAAUUCAAGCUUUGAAGGCUUCACCGUCUAAGAAACGGUGCAAUUCAAUCGCCGCCCUAAAGGCCACUUCACAGGAGAUUGUGUCCUCAGUUAGCCAGGAAUGGAAGGAUGAGAAGCGAGAUUUGCUGACUGAAGGACAAAGUUUUAGCAGCCUUGAUGAAGAAGCCCUGGGAUCCCGACACAGGCCAGACCUGGUGCCUAGCACUCCAUCACUGUUUGAAGCUGCUUCCUUGGCAACCACAAUUUCAUCUUCUUCCUUAUAUGUCAAUGAGCACUAUCCACACGACAGGCCUACACUCUAUUCAAACAGAGUCUCACUCUGUCGCCCAGGCUGGAGUGCAACGGUGCGAUCUCGGCUCACUGCCACCUCCGUCUUCCGGAUUCAAGCAAUUCUCCUGCCUCAGCCUCCCAAGUAACUGGGAUUACAGGCACCCACCACCACGCCUGGCUAAUUUUUGUAUUUUUAGUAGAGACAGGAUUUCGCCAUGUUGGCCAGGCUGGUCUUGAACUCCUGACCUCAGGCGAUCCACCUGCCUCGGCCUCCCAAAGUGCUGGGAUUACAGGCAUGAGCCACCACACCUGGCCAACAGAUCUCUUCUUGAAAACAGUUCUUCCAGCCAGACUGGGUUUGUGGGACAGCAGUGUGUAACCUCUGGGCAGGACAUCCCCAGGAUGGAGGUGCUCUGGCCCAUGCCUGCACUAUACCAGCAUGGGCCCUGGGACAUUGCAGAUGGCUCCCCAGGCCUCCACGGGCCUGCACUCACAGUCUCUUCAUCAGAGAGCUCAAAAUCUCAGAACCCAACUCUCUCAUGUCAUCAAGCCAGAGACAUGAGUCUGCUUUUCUGUCUCCUUAGAUUUGUCUGUUCUUAGACAUUUUGCAUAAAUGAAAUUAUGUAAUAUGUGGUCCUCUAUGACUGGCGUCUUUCACUUGGCAUAAUGUUUUCAAGGUUUCCUCAUGUUGUUGCAUAUAUCAGAGCUUUAUUCUUUUUAUUACUGCAUAAUAUUCCAUUUUAUGAAUUAUUUGUCCAUUCAUCAGUUGGUGGACGUUUGAGUUGUUUCCACUUUCUGGCUACUAUGAAUAAUGCUACUGCAAACAUUCAUAUACAAGUUUGUGUGUGGACAAGUUUUCAUUUUUCUUGGAUAUGUAUGUGGGAGUGGAAUUGGUGUAUCAUAUUGCUUUGAGGACAGACCAAACAGUUUUCUGAAGUAGCUGUACCGUUUUAUCAAAUACAUUCCCAUCAGCAGUGUAUGACGGCUUCAGUUGCUCUACCUCCUCUCCCAACAAGUUUUAUUUUUCUGAUUUUCUAUGAUAACUAUCCCAGUAGUUGUGAAAGUGGUAUCUCACUAUAGUUUUGAUUUGCAUUUUCCUUAUGACUAAGGACAUUAAGCAUCUUUUUAUAUGCUUAUUGACCAUUCGUGUCUUCUUUGGAGAACUCUCCAGAUUCUUUGCUCAUUUUUAAAUUUGGUUAUUUGCCUUUUUAUUGCUAAGUUAUAAGAGUUCUUUAUAUAAUCUGGAUACAUGUCUCGAUGAGCCUCAUUUUUGUCACCCAAAUUUAAUGAUAUUCAAAAUAUUCUACUUACUAAGAUAGGAAACUAUUCUGUUUGAAAAACAGUAUAAAUAACAAAGUUUUAAAAAAAAGAAAGAUGCCCAUUUGAUUUUAUCAAAUUUUGACCUUAUGAUACUAAAUAAAUCUGAUAUUUCUUUUUUCUGUAAUCAUACUAUAUUUUAGCUAAAAUAAUUGAUAAAUAUACCUGUCAAGUCUCAAA